AGGAAGUAAACAACAAAAACACGGAGAUGUCAUCAAACCGAGGCUCAUGAGACCUGCCUCUGUUUUCUUACAGCCACGGUGAGAUGUCUCUCUGGUGUCCCUGAUCCUCACAUCUCUUCCUGAGGGUGGCAGUCCACUCAGUAGCCUCUCACCAUGACUGAAGUUUUGGGACAGAGAAGCUUGUUGGGCUUUGGUGUUUUGCUGGCAUGGUUGGUGCUGUUUCACCUGCUGGUUAACAUCUGGCUGCUGUGUGUGUUCACCAGCCUGCUGGUUGUACUUGGUGGCUGGCUUGGCUCACAGGCUGUCCUAGAGUCCAACAACAUGGUUCAUCUGGAGAGGUUUAUCACCCUUGAGCAGGUUCCAUACUCUGUGAAGGAUGAGCAGGACCUGGACCAGGAGAUUCAUAAUACAGUCAGGAAAAUCAUCAGGGAUUUUGUGGCUUCUUGGUAUACUACUGUGUCUUCUGAGAGUGGUUUUGAAAAGGAGGUUCAAGAUGCCAUGAUUUCUAUGGCCAUGGAGCUGAAAAUCCGUGCAAGACAGGUUGACAGGAAGGAGCUGACCCAGAAGAUCCUCGACCUGUUCGGAUGUCACCUGCAGGACUUCCUCAAAGCCAAGGAGGUGGUGAUGGAGCAGCAGAAGCCUCUGAGCGUGAAGUGGAGCAGCGACAAGGAGCAGUUGUGGAAAGCAUAUUCCACAGUUACCGCACCUCAUCUUGCAAUGUCUAGCAAUGCUGUGGAAGUAAACUACACCAGAGCUUUUGUAGAUUUAUUGCUGCAUAUUUUGGUACCAUCCCCUCACUUGGAGACCCGGACUGGACGUUUUGUUGUAGGAGAACUCAUUACCUGCAACGUCCUGCUCCCUCUCAUAGACAAAUUAUCUGACCCUGACUGGUUGAACCUCUUUAUGAUUGAAAUAUUUGGAAAGUCCAGCGUGCAGCGGAAAGCAGCUGUGGAAGAACUACAAACUUCAGCCCUGCCACUGGUGCCAGCAGCACCAACUGAAUGUGAGCUUCCUCCCCAGCAAGAGACCGUUAACAUACCUCAGACGAAUAUUGAGGCAGAGACUGAAAUGCUGGACGAUGUAGAGACUGCUACACCUGAACUGGCUGCUUAUGAUGUGAUUGACUCUGAGGAGCUGGAUGGUCCACAGAACACUGAGGAAGAAGAACCAACUCAACCUUUUUUAAGGCAUUACUUGAGAGGAAGUAAGUCAAACCCAUUUUACCGAGAAAACGACUCCGAUCUGGACUCUCCUUUGACUGAAUAUAAACGAAGCUCCAUUGAUUCUCUGGUCAUGAUUGGCCAAGAUGAAGGCCUGGAGGACAGGCAGAAGGAAUGUGCCCCUUCUGCCAAAAACAAUGGGGUAGACUUGGAUGUUGACACCAAUGGAGUGGAUGGCUCCUGCCCUAAAGUCCUGGUAAAUUCACAACCACUAGAGCGUCCCAGUGGCUGUGGGUCUUCAUUAUUAAAGGCAGCAGAGAGUGCACCCUCUCCCAGCAGCCUCCAGGACCUGGAGAGAGAGGGUGUGUCGCCUUCAUUUAAUCCAAGCCGAGAGCUCCUUCUGGGCAUAGAGCAGACUGUCAGCUCACUGGGGAGCCCCAGUGAGUUAACUGUUAUCAGUCCAUUGCAGGGCUCAUCCCCCAUGCCAUCAUUUAGUUUUGAGCCGCUCAGCAGCCCUGAUGGUCCAGUCAUCAUCCAGAACCUCCGCAUCACGGGCACCAUCACAGCCAAGGAGCACCGCGGCACUGGCUCGCACCCCUACACUCUCUACACAAUCAAAUAUGAGACAGCGAUGGGAUGCGACAACUCGAUAAGCAUCCAGCCAGGCUCUGAGGACUCAGACUCUGCAUUGACUGGCAGUGAGAAUCCAUCACCAGUUCAGCCAGUAGCCUAUCACAUGGUCAACAGGCGAUACAGUGAGUUCCUAAACCUGCAAACACGACUGGAAGAGAAGGCAGAACUGCGGAAACUCAUCAAAGGUGUGAAAGGUCCAAAGAAAAUAUUUCCAGAUAUGCCAUUUGGAAACAUGGACAGUGACAAGAUAGAGGCCAGGAAAGGACUGCUGGAGACAUUUCUAAAACAACUCUGUGCCAUCCCUGAAAUAGCCAACAGUGAAGAGAUGCAGGAGUUUCUGGCUCUGAAUACAGAUGCAAGGAUCGCCUUUGUCAAGAAACCUUUCAUAACAUCACGAAUAGACAAGAUUGUGGUGAAUGCCAUCGUGGACACCCUGAAAACAGCAUUUCCACGUUCUGAACCUCAGAGCCCAACAGAGGAUGACACAGAGGUGGAUGGAGGGAAAUUAAAUACUGACAAGAAGAACAGGUCUCGUCUGAAGUUUUCCGGUAAAACCAUCCCCCUCAUGAACGGCUCAGAUAUAAGACCGACAGUACUGUUCAGCUUGGAGCAAACUAGCACAGUGUUCAAUGGGAUGUCUUUAGGAGAUCUUGAAGCCUUUAUCCUUGACCGGGAGAGGCUGGCCCUGAGACCAGAAGCUGAGACAGAGGAAACCACAGUGGGUGAAGAAGGUGGAGGUGGCGAGGACAAGAUCUUGAGAAGAGAAAGUGAGGAAUCUGUUAAGACCAGAUCAAGAGGACAAGUGUCCUCUGAGACGGCGUUGGCUGAGGUGGCUCUGAACAUCCUGUGUCUGCUGAUGAAGGAGCAGUGGAGCUGGCUUUGCACUGAAAAUAUUCAGAAGGCCAUCAGGCUGCUGUUCGGCACAUUCAUUAACAGAUGGCUGGAUGUGAGUGUAGCCAACUUGACAUGCACCAGGUACUGGGUGACGUACCUGCAGGUCAUCCAGGAGGCUGUGUGGCCUGGAGGAACGCUGCCUACUACCCCUCAACGCGAACGCAGCCAGCAGCAGAAGGACGUAACAAAGGAGGAAGCGUUACACUGCCUGAUGAGACUCCUGCCAGAUCUGGUCUCAGAGAUGUUGGGCUCAGUCAAAUACAAACUCAGCUGGCAGACUGCACUGGAGUCUCUCCAGGAUCCAUACAUAAACAGACACUUGCUUUACUGCAUAUUUGACCUUCUGCUGGAGUUCCUGGUUCCUGAAAUACCUGAGGAGGACUUUCAGAGAAGCCUGCUGCAGACCCUCUCCAAGAACCCAGAGAAGCUGCUGGUUUGAAGAUAUGGCCAACAGGAACACCUGCAGGCCCAGCUUUUAACCUUCUUCAUCUUGACUUCAGCCAUGAGAGUGUGAGUGUAUCCUGUGAGCCUGAAUACUGACUUAAUUUAAAGCCUUCGGUCUGACUAAUAUAGCGUUCAAGUAUCAACAUAUGAGCGACUGUGUCACUGUGUCCCGUAUACACACAUGCACUACAUCUGAACCAGCUUUGAUUACAUGAGAGCGCCUGUUUUCGUGUUUCAUAUCAGAUCACACGUAAACAUGUUUCAAAAUCUCCUUCGAUCUCCAGAUCUCGCCUCCUCCCACUCGGCUAAACUCUCUAUAUGUUUCUAAACUCACUUCAGAUGCUCUCAUAGCAUCUGGGUACGAAAACCCAAACCUGUUGCUACAUUCUGGAGAAGCCAGAUUUGUUUCUUCCCCCACAUAAAUCUCAACACAUCCUAUUGGGAAUUAACAUCGCUGUUUCUCCUCUCUCUUGACCCAUUCUUCAAGAUCCCACUGGCUCUGUGUUGAGCCACAUAUGUGACUUUGACAUAAUGUGUGCUAUACCUCCUAAAUCUGAGACUUCCUGAGGGAUCACAUGUCUGGUACAGAUUUUCUCAACCUGCAUUCAACAGUCCAGGCGUAGGAAAACUACAGACAUGGUGAUAAGGUGGUCAGAAGACAUUUACAUUCUUUACAGGCCCCAUGAAAAGGUAUCUGCUCUAUUGUCUAAAUAACAGAAGGACCAGACUCCACAAGAACAUGGACAUGAAGGAUGUGGGAACUGUUUCAGCAAGGGUCCAUUCUAUCUUAAAAGUUCUGUUUACCAAUGUGAGUUUCCGUUCAACUGAGCCACUUUAUUUAUGUUAAAUCACUGCGUAAUCAUAGAGCAGUGGUUAUUAGGGCCAUUCUCUAAAGUUUUAUUCAUGCUGUUCGGACAAACUUGAUAAUAGAGUAUAUUUCCUAUGUAGACCUCACAGUUUACAAAUGUACCUUGAGAAAAAUAUGCACAAAAUGAAAGACAGAGGCCAAAACUAAGACUUUAGCAAAGGUUCUCAAAAGUCAAGGUUGGUUUUAAAACUAUCAUCAGAUGCCAAAAUUAUUGCUGAAAAAGGUUUUCAUCAUUCAUUUGUCCUCACAGAUCUCUGUCUCAUGCAUAAUGUAAGUGAAGGAGAAGAAAUCAUCUACUCUGUAAAAGAAAAUGUGUAUCUUAUAGGGAUACGCCGAUAUCCAUGGUUGUUUCUGUUUCGUUAUUUAGUUGUUACUUGUCUCCCUCUUAACAAGUAAAACUUAAGUAUAAAUAAAAAGGUAAUAUUUUAAAGUUUUACAGCCAUUCUCACAUUGUCUUUGAAGGAAAACAGAUUCAUACAUGAAAAAAUCUUUAAUUUAGCAUGACAGAUGGAUAUCUGCCGUUACUAGUACUGACCAAUAUCAACAAAUAUCAGCCAAUACUGAUGACUAGCCGAUGUAUUUGUGCGUCCCUAGUAUUUUCACUUUGUGUUGCAGUGGAAGUGAGUAACACAACACUGUGAUUCAGUCUAAAAUGUCUAUAUUGUCAUAUUAGACCAAUGACGUAUCCCCCAUCAUUAUCAAAUAAAGUGCACAAUGAAAGGGCGCUUUAAAUAAACCUGCAUAGAAAAUGAAGGAAUGAAGGAUUAUUUCAAAAACCAACCCUUUCUGUAGUCACAUAGUUUAACCUGGAAGAAGUGUGAACCUGUUCUUUAAGACAUUAAAGGUACUUUAGAGUUACUUUUUGAUACUUCUUUCCAUUCUUGUCUCACCAAGGGUACAUCUACACUAACAUGUUUUUAUUUGUUUAUUUUCAUGUCUGUCUCUUAAGAAAUAAUCUCUAAAUAUUCUAAUGUGUCUUAAACUCCUCACAUGAUCAGGGGAGCUCAUAACACAGGCUACAGGAAUUGUCAUAAGACUGAAUAGCAUCUAGCCUGCUGUGAAUUCAGUCAGUUGUAUCACGAUAAAAAGUGGAUUUUAACUGUACAACAGCUGCAAACCGAGACAUCUAGGACAGAAUCAAGAGUUGAUUGUCGGUUGUGGCUUGAGAAAGGCCCAUGAUAAAUCAGAGAAGGAUUCAUAAGUACUGAUAAGAAACCAUCAGGCAGAGAAAGUGGGUGUCAAUGUUUCAACAGUGUAGCCCCGGAGUUUAUGAAAGUAAACAGGAUCAGCAGCAUUCCCAAAAAAUCUCCAUUUUAGGAAUUCUAGAAUAAGGACAGUUGUUCACUGAAAGUCCUUUACAGUGUGAAUGAAGUGGAAACACAAGCCAAGAUUGGACAAAGGCCAGACAUAAAAAAAAAAGAACAUUUUUAGCGGAAAAUCCUAUAAUAAGCCAGAUCAUUGAGGACAUAACCACUGUUUACCCUCAGAUGUGUCUAAAUAAUGGAAGUGCCGUCACCACAUUUUAUGCUAUUACUUUCCACAUGUUGUUGAAGGUUUUUGCACUUUGAAAAACUGCCAUUGAAUAUGACGCAGCUCAACAGUCAGUGCUUGUUAAUCAUUUCAAUAAGCAGCGCUUGCAGAAAAAGCAGUUAAAGAUGACUGAUAAGAAGAAAAUAUGAAGUUUGUUACAAUCCUGAUCCUUAUUUACGUCAUAGACACAGGGACAUUUAAUCCCAAUGUUUUAUUGCAAUCUGUCUUAAAAUAAAAAGAUAAUAGAGUUCUACUUGCAGUUUGGUCUGAUGAUUAUGUAAUUUGUGGUACAUUUUCUCAAUGUUGCCCUAAAAUCCUUAUAAUUUCAUUUAGAGAGUUGUGUUAAUUGUGAUACUGUGCUUUCUCUCUUAAGUUAGAGGAGUGUUACAUUCCAGUCUGUUAGCAAAACAGAAUAAGGAGUUACAUGUUAGCACUCUAGUGUGUUUAUUGUAAGCCUAUUUAUUUGUGUCAUUUACUGAAUCAAUACUUGAUUUGGAUAACAUGUGACUUUAGAGGUGCCAGUGCUGUCGCAGAGGCCUGUCCUAUCUUAUGAAGUGCAUUUUGUUGAAUGUUGCCUUACAAAUGGACUGAAUGAAGUGUGAUGUGCUCUGAUAAACUGACCAUGCCUUAGUAGAUACACAGGUGACAAAUGACAGCACAAACCCAAACAUACAGUGCCCUCAGAAGAGCUUUAGUGACACCAGACAGCAUGGACUCUUUUGUGUCAGUCCAAAUCUCCCAUAGGUAUUCAGUUUAUUUGAGAACUUGAAAACUUUCAUCAGACAAUUGGAUGAGCCUCUGUGGGGGGAGCAUUGUCAUCCUAGAAGUGACCCUGCACAUCUGAUUUUUGCUGCCAUUUGUCACCCAGUAUCUGCUCUCUACAGUGAAAGUCUUGACAUGGAUUCUGUGAUCGUGGCCAGAUCGCUGAAGCCAUCACAGAUGAUAACAGUGAAGAGAUUCUUUGCUUGUUUGACUGUAGAAAUUCCAAAAAUUGUCAAGUGAAUGCCUAAGAUAACGCAACAUGUAUUCAUUCUGUGACGUACAGCUGAAAACAAUGUUCAAUUCAUGAUAUCCACAGCACAUUACAACAAAAAUAUUUUUCAAGUAUACUGUAAGUGCUUCUUGUUACUGCACUAUAAAUGAAUUUUUUUUUAAUGCAAGUACAUUUUGUUACAUACAGAGUUGUUAUGAAGGAUAGAAAGCAGAAGAGCAGAACUUAAUACUCAAUAAGCACACUGAGUAGGUUUAUUUGCACAUUAAUAUUCAGUUUUUUCACAGCAAUGGUGUAAGAUGUUAACAUGGCCAUUUAUAAUGAAUAGUCAUCUAACAUUCCUGUUCACAUGCAGCUGUGAUUUCCUCAUUAAAAAUAAUGUUUUUUCAAAGUUUUCUACUGCAUGAUCCUCUCUCUGUUUCUGGAAAAAGGUCAGUUUUUCAAUCUUUGCUCAUAUCAGAAACCUGGUGGUAUCCUCUGUCAUAAUGUUUAACAGUUUCCAACCAGAAACACCGACUUUUCUGUAGUGCUUCCAUAUCUACCAGAGAGGAUGUUGAUGCCUAAUUUGGAAUAUUCAGUCACAAUAUAUUGUUUACAUGACAUCUGUCAAACUCUGAAUAAUCUAAGAAUAUUAGUGUGCAUGUAAACAUACUCAAUGACUUGCACAAAGUUAAAAGACUAUGUUACAGCCAGAAAACACAAUGAGCAGCCAAAUGUUGAAGUGAAACUAAUCUAUUAAAGCAUAACACAUAAGACAAAGACUGGACCAAUAAAAGAUACACAAACCAAUAGAAAUCUAAUUAAAUAAUAAUUAAGAAUUCAGAGCUGGAAAAGUGGGUAAUACAUAUGAAUUAAGAUAAAUCAAAAUAGAAGUUAAAGCUGCGUAUGACUUUCGUCACCAAUUUUUCAUAAAAUGUGUAAAACCUGAGUCACUUUGAAAUUGUUCACCGUGAGGGAAGAGAUUUAGGUCUGUAGUCACAGAAAGACUUGGGGAUUUGUGAUACUUAGGCUAUGACUCGGGUUUUACCGAUUUGAUGGAAAAUUGUUGACGAAAGUCAUACACAGCUUUAACUAUUAAAAGAAAUUAAUAUAAUAAAAUAACUGUUAAAAGUACAAGACAUACUCAUACCUCCUGUGGUUAUUAUUGAUGGCAAUAAUAAAAUAAUUCAGUAUCUAGAAUGAAGACAUUACAUUCUUACACUGGAAAUAUUCUAAUAGUAUCUGCUGUAUUUAAUGUAUAUUUAACAGUGAUCAGAUUUUUAAAAUUUCUUGUAAUUCUUAUAUUGAAGGGUUGUAAUUACGGUACAGUAGGUCAGAAUUUUGUGAUUAUGAUUUUACAAUAAUCAUUCUGCAGCAUGAAAUGCAUAGUCACCACAGGAAAAGUUUAACACAUGGAAAAUUACAUUAUAUUGGAAAUGCAAAUGAUUCUAGACAAACAGCAAAGUUGUAUUUGACUAAAAAUGGACCAAACUCUCUUUAUUUGCCAUACUGAUGUAUUUAAUGGAUGGUAGCUGGUCUGUUUUGCACUGUGAUGUGUUUCUGUGGAAUUUCUUUCUGCCAAAUGUUAAGUCUCACAGCCCCCUGUGUAUGAAGUCUUACGUUGUACAGAUGUAAAUCACAUUGUACAUAUAGAAACCCUGUUUGCCAUCACCUCUGCACCUUUACCCAUCAGAUUCAGCGUCUGCUGUUUCUCCACUCGGUGACUUGUGAAUGUGUGCUUUUGUGUAGUGACUGAUGUGAAUCCUCUGUUUGCUCUCAGACAUUGUGUUACAGUCUUUUUAAAACCUUCCGCUGGUUGUUCCUGAGCAUACCUGAAGAAAUAAAAAGUUACCAAACCCAAGUUCUGAAAUGUUGAAGA